AUGGCGGGGGCUCCUCCAGAUAGCACAGUCAACUACUCAGCCUGGCACUAUGCUCUAUCUCACACGUCUAAUGAGACGGGUCUUGCUCCUUCUAUCCCCGAAGAGAACGAGCUUAAUGACUGCGGUGUCAUCGAUUUCGAGAACGGAACUUCCUGGUCCGAUUCCACGAAAUGGGCGUGGGCUCAUGAAGACCUCUUUCUACAGGGUGAUCUCGACUCAAGUGUGGACUUGUUCGCUGCCUGGGACGACAACAAUAACGACCUGAGAGGUGCCAAUCCCGUCGCCGGCGAGCAAAUAGGAAGCAAUACUAUCCCUCAAGCAAUCGCAGUCGACAUCUCGGCUGAUAGUUCUCUCCGUGCGUUGUUGCCAACGGAUAUGAUGCGGACAGGAUGUCUCACAAGAAGUUCAUUGCCGCACAAUCCGAUCUUUGAAGUCGGCGGGUGUCCACCACCACCCCCGGCCAUCGCGGUUUCAUCGUCAGAAUCUAGUAACAAAUUUUGUGAGCCUGACUUCCGGAGCAUAGGCUAUAUUCCGACCUCACGAAUGCCACUCGGUAGAACCAACAUGGUGGGGGCAACAGUGGCCGAUGAAGAGCGUCGUCCAUUAGACCGUCAAGAAGUCGUUGACAGCCUAGUGAAGUUUGCCACACAAAACUUCUUAGCUCCCAAGUCGUCGUCGUUUGACUGGGGUGAAAAAGCGCGAGAAGUCGAGCGUGCCUUUGAAAUUGUCGAUAUGCCGCAGAAUUCAUCGCACGUUCUCGAUUACUUCGUCCGUCUCUUCUUUCAGCACUUCCACCCCUUGUGGCCGCUAUUCUGGGAGGCUGGGUUCGUUCCCGGCAGUACGCCGCCAAUACUAUAUAUCACCAUGGCUUCGAUCGGCGCCAUGUACGCCGGUAGUCAAGCCAUGAGCUUUGGCUGUCUGAUGCAUGAAGCCCUUCGGCGGAGCUUCACAACGACGGUUUUCCCAUACUACGAGACCGAUCGUCGAUCCGAAGUGCUCUGCCAGUCAAUCCUUAUGACGCAGGUCACGGCCUUGUAUUUUGGCCACAAGGAAGCAUUUUCGUGUGCCCAGCAGCUAGGUGCCACCCUCAUCAUGCUGGCGCGACGCAUGGACUUAUUCAACGACGGGAUCACCACUGAUCGCGGUGCGUGCGAUCUCCAGACCCGGCUCGGCGUUGGGGAAUCUCGAGCCCUCGAGAUAUGGGUGAGAGAGGAAACGCGCAAGAGACUGGCCUUCGGGAUCAUGAGGACCGAAACGUUUACCAGCAUCCUGAUGAACACUCGACCCCUGGUCUCCCCGGAAGAGAUGAAUAUAUACACCCCCUGCUCGGACCCCAUCUGGACAGAUCCCCACCGAGACGCGCAGCAAACCAUCCACAUGAUCGCACAGGAGGAGUCUGGAAAACACCAUCUAUUCUUCUCCGACCUAUUCCGCAUCGCCAUGGACCGCACCGAACUUCUCCCGAGUCUGCGCUCGACAGAGUGCGAGCUGUUGCUCUUCGGCCUCCAAUACUCCCGCCGCCCCGCCAACAACGACACCCCAAAACCUCCGGGCCAACAUCUUCCAACACCCCCAACAAACGACCCCCUCGACACCUCCCCGCGCCUCAUGCCCGACAUGGAGCUCGAUCUCGAACGUACCUUCUCCGCCAUCGAAGAAUGGCGCCAAUCAAUGGACCUCGGCGUCCGACCACCCCAACUGACCAAGGAGCGCCACUCGAUCCUCACCAGCCGCCUCCUCUACCACAUCUCGCUACUCCGCAUCCACGCGGACGUAGAAAUCCUCCACAAGCUCGCCUACACCUCCGCGUCUUCCGCCCCGCCUUCUUCUUCUUCUUCUUCUUCUUCUUCUUCUUCUUCUUCUUCUUCUUCUUCUUCUCCUUCUUCCGCCCAAGACAUCUGCCACGUAUACGAAUGGUCGCGGGGCGAAUCAGCCGACAGGGCCCUGUUGCACGCCUGCGCGAUCCUCAAGCUGCUGACGGAUGAGUGCGCCCGCGAUAAACACCUCCGCGCUAGCUUCAGCAUCAUGACGUUUAUCUCUAUCCAUAUGGCUUCUGUUGUUAUCUGGGGUUACGCGGGCACUCACGACCCCUAUCCAACUCCACGCGGUGGUGCAUCACCACCACCACCACCACCACCACCGCAACCGCAACCAGCAGCGGCAGCAGCCGGCGUCAGCGGUGGCGGCGGUAGCGGUGACGGAGACAGCGACAGCAAUGGCACAAGCGAAUUGCUCACCUUCUACCACCGCGGAAACAACUCAGAACUCCUGAGCGAGUGCGCGCAGAUCUACCGCCGGAUUAGCCCCGGCUGGAGAAUGGUGUCCUCGUUUGCGGCGGCUGCAUCGGCUAUGGCAGCUCGACCGUUUCCGUUACUUCAGUGA